AUGGCAACCCCACAAUUCUCCCAAAUCAUUAUCAAUCAAAAUUCCCCAUUUAUCACUGCUCCAGCACAAACCGAAACAACAACAAAAACCACAACAACUACUCGCUGCCGCCUUCAACAGAUUCGAGUGCGAAGAAAAUGUUAUUGCAUUGCGCCCAGCAGCAGCAGCAGCAGCAGCAACAAUGCCAUUGCAAAUGGCAAACGAACAGCGAGCAGAGAAACGAGCACACUGGAGCAUCACAGCGGGAACAGCACAAAUUCACGCAACUGGCAAUGGCCCAGACUUGGUUGGAGCGAACAGUUGCUGCUCGUAUGUGUUUUGCUCGCCAGCGUGUGUGGUCGUACGGGUUGCGACGAGUCACAGGACUUUCAGAAAGCGACUAAGACCAUUAAGACGCCAGUAGAAGUACAAAGCGCCCUAAGAAAACCUGACGGUACAUGGGCUCGUAGCGCUGAAGAUAAAGCGUCGAUAUUCGCCGAUCAUCUGAGUAAUGUUUUCCAACCAAAUUCUUCUGCAAAUGAACAAAUACUAGAAGAAAGUAGUGGCAACGCAUCGUUAAACUCAGAACCAAUCAACAUAGCCCCUGAAGAUAUUCAGGCAGUUAUUAACAAGAAUCUUAAGGUGAAAAAGGCGCCAGGUUAUGACGCAAUAACACCAUUAAUGAUAAAAAAUCUACCGCAAGUCGCUAUAAUUGUGCUGUCUGUAAUAUUUAAUGCAAUCAUCGAGGUAGGCAUUUUUCCAAAGAGCUGGAAAACGUCUUUAAUAAUAAUGAUUCCUAAGCCGGGCAAAGACUUAAAUGUGCCAUCGUCCUAUCGACCAAUCAUACCCGCCAGAGUGGUUUGGGCUGCGGUGGGCAAAAGCGUCGAUUUGCUGUGCGAUUUAACGCCACCAACGGCGCAAGAUUCCGUAAAGCUGUUGUUGUGGUUCAAGGACUCCACCGGAAUACCACUUUACAGCUUGGACUCGCGCGGCGGAAAUAUCAAAUUAGCACCGCACUCGGCCAUAGCUAGCGAUUUGGGUCAGCGUUUGUUCUUCUCCAUUGGCGAUAAUCCGAAGGACUCCCGCCUACAGAUACGCGAUGUGAAGCCAACGGAUGGUGGAAUUUACCGCUGUAGAAUAGAUUUUUUCAAUUCGCCAACACGCAACUUUAGAAUUAAUUUAACUUUAGUCGUUCCCCCCGAGGAGCCACGUAUUUUCGAUGCACAAGGCAAGGAGAUCGCCCAAAUGGCCGGACCAUUUCGUGAGGGCUAUGAACUUUUUUUAUGCUGUCAAGUUAAAGGAGGUCGUCCAGCACCAAAGGUCACCUGGUGGCGUGAUGACAUGGAACUGAUAGGCACCAGCCACACGUCUGUAGAAGAGGGUGCGACCGUUAUGGUGAAUCAAUUGUUGAUCGGUACAACGACACGUGAUUAUUUUGGUGCGAAAAUUGAGUGUCGUGCGCAAGGCACAAAGCUGAUAGCGCCAGUAAUAAAGGAAGUAACGGUGCAAGUUCAUUUGAAACCGGUACGCGUGAAAAUUCUCACAGCCAAUGAUCUGCUAACAGCCGGUCAACCUGUGCCUUUGCGCUGCGAUUCGUGGGGUUCAUAUCCGGCGGCGAAGAUUACAUGGUUGCUAGAUGGUGAGCCGAUACGGAAUGCGGAAGUGACCGUACACAGUGACAAAGAGGACUCUAAUACCACAACCAGCAUCCUCAAUUUGAAGGUAACAUCGGACAAUGAUAAUGCCGAGUUGACGUGUCGUGCGUCGAAUCCUUGGUUCUCUGGUAGCGCCAUCGAGGACAAGCGCAUCAUUCGUGUGGCAUAUCCACCAACUGUGUCGGUGCACUUAGCCAAUGAGGAUCCCAGUCGCUUUGUUACCAAGGCUGAGGGUCAAAAUGUGACUUUCAAGUGUCGCGCGGAUGCUAGACCACCAGUAAUGUCGUAUGCCUGGUUCAAAAACGGUAUGCGUAUGUCUGGUGAAAGUUCAGAUAUAUUAUACCUGACGCAGUUGGAGCGCGAGAGUGCGGGUGCCUACGCCUGUGGUGCAGCCAAUACGGAGGGGGAGACGCGCAGCUCCAGCUUAACGCUGAAAGUCCAAUACUCGCCCAGAUGCCGACCGGGCACAGAGCAAACAUCACUCGGAGCACUGAAUAUGCACUCGGUGCAGGUAAAAUGCGAAGUGGACGCGGAUCCGCCAGACUCAGUGAAAUUCAGUUGGACUUACAACAACACAAGAAAUGUGUCGCCGGUGCUCAACUCUCGAAUCACUUCCAAUGGACUGGUCAGCACGGUAACCUAUCUGCCACAAACCGAUUCCGAGCUGAUAACGCUCGCCUGCUGGGCGAGCAACUCGGUGGGGCGUCAAACCACCCCAUGUCUGGUGCAUAUACUCCCAGCAAAUCCACCAGAGGCACCUAAAGCUUGUGAAUUGCGCAACGACACCGUCUUGGAGGUAGUUUGUGUGGCGGGUAACGAUGGCGGCCUCACUCAAUACUUCCUGCUCGAAGUAAUUGGUGGCGAUCCACUCUAUGCCAACGAUGCGGGGCGUAGUUUUGCCGAUGCUAAUGUGGGCGACAAUGAGCUCUCCACUAUGAACGACCAGGCGACGUCAGCACCGGUUCUACGCAUGCAGGAGCCGCAACCACAGUUUCGACUCAACAGCUUAGAGCCCGGGCGAGAAUACCAAUUCUUGGUGUAUGCCGUCAAUGCAAAGGGACGCAGCGAGCCACCGGUGGUAAUCGAGCGUGUGCGUGUGGCUGCACAACUGGGGCCUUACGACGAGUCUAUACUCUCCGAGGAUCCCACACCAGCAGAAACUACACAUCAUUCAAGUGGCGGCCUGAGUGCCAGUGCUAGUGGCAGUGGUGCGGGCGUGGGUGCGGGCGCCAGCAUCGAUGUACAUGGACAUGAUAAACAGCAGUCGACACUUCUUAUAUUGGCCGCCGUUGUGGCGAUAGGUGCCGUCAUUGUAACGUCAAUUAUCGUGGCGGGUAUUGUGGUCGUCUGCAGGCAUCGACCGCGGCCACCUGAACCGCAGGAUGUGCGCAAAAGUAUGCGACCCGCGCGCAGCGAUGUGCCGUCCAUGUAUAUCGAAGAGGACGCGCUGAACGAUGAGGAGGCGGUGGCCGGAACACGUUCCGCCGACAUACGUGCCGCACGCAUACUCCCCUCCACGCUGGGACCGCGCUGCAGUGCCAGCACCACGGGCAGUCAACAUCACUACAUUUCCGAGGGUUUCAUUCAGUACGCGCAGCCAAGCCUCAAUGACCCAGAUUUAAUUUUGCCACGCGGCGAAAUGGAAUUUACAACGUUGGACCCGACGCUGAAAUAA